AUGGCAGAGAAAGGAGAUCAGCUGGACCGGGAAACCUUCUCUUGUUCGAUCUGUCUGGAUCUACUGAAGGAUCCGGUGACAAUUAACUGUGGACACAGCUACUGCAUGAGCUGUAUUAAAAACUUCUGGGAUGAAGAGGAUGAGAAAAAAAUCCACAGCUGCCCUCAGUGCAGGCAGACCUUCACACCGAGGCCUGUCCUGGGUAAAAACACCAUGUUAGCAGCUUUAGUGGAGCAGCUGAAGAAGACUGGACUCCAAACUGCUCCUGCUGAUCUCUUCUAUGCUGGAGCUGAAGAUGUGUCCUGUGAUGUCUGCACUGGGAGGAAGCUAAAAGCCCUCAAGUCCUGUCUCAUCUGUCUGGCCUCUUACUGUGAGAAACACCUCCAGCCUCACUAUCAUGCAUCUCCAUUAAAGAAACACAAACUGGUCAAACCCUCCAAAACGCUCCAGGAAAACAUCUGCUCUCAUCAUGAUGAGGUGAUGAAGAUUUUUUGCCGCACUGAUCAGCAGACUAUCUGUUAUCUCUGCUCUCUGGAUGAACAUAAAGGCCACGACACAGUCUCAGCUGCAGCAGAAAGGACUGAGAGGCAGAGAGAGCUUGAGGUGAGUCGACAAAACAUCCAGCAGAGAAUACAGGACAGAGAGAAAGAUGUGAAGCUGCUUCAACAGGAGGUGGAGGCUGUCACUCGCUCUACUGAUAAAGCAGUGGAGGACAGUGAGAAGAUCUUCACUGAGCUAAUCCAUCUCAUCCAGAAAAGAAACUCUGAUGUGAAGCAGCAGAUUAGAUCCCAACAGGAAACUGAAGUGAGUCGAGUCAAAGAGCUUCAGGAGAAGCUGCAGCAGGAGAUCACGGAGCUGAAGAGGAAAGACGCUGAACUGAAGCAACUCUCACACACAGAGGAUCACAACCAGUUUCUACACAACUACCUCUCACUGUCACAACUCAGUGAACCUACAGACUCAUCCAGGAUCAAUAACCGUCCUCUGAGAUACUUUGAGGAUGUGAUAGCAGCUGUGUCAGAGCUCAGAGAUAAACUACAGGACAUCCUGACAGAGAAAUGGACAGACAUCUCACUGACAGUCACUAAAGUGGACGUUUUACUGUCACAACCAGCGCCCAAGACCAGAGCUGGAUUCUUAUACAGCAACAGACCUUCCUCCGAUGGUAGUCUGAUGGGAGGAUCACUCAAACCGCUCAAACCUACCGGAGGAGGACGGACUUACAGAGCUGCUACCCGCCAGAUCAGAGCUCAAACUAGUUUCACUUCUGAGAAAGAGAAAGUCAGACAGUUGUUGCCACUGAGAGCUGAAAUGGCAGAGAAAGGAGAUCAGCUGGACCGAGAAACCUUCUCUUGUUCGAUCUGUCUGGAUCUACUGAAGGAUCCGGUGGCUAUUCCCUGUGGACACAGCUACUGCAUGAGCUGUAUUAAGAACUUCUGGGAUGAAGAGGAUGAGAAGAAAAUCCACAGCUGCCCUCAGUGCAGGCAGACCUUCACAACGAGGCCUGUCCUGGGUAAAAACACCAUGUUAGCAGCUUUAGUGGAACAGCUUAAGAAGACUGGACUCCAAGCUGCUCCUGCCGAUCAUUGCUAUGCUGGACCUGAAGAUGUGGCCUGUGAUUUCUGCACUGGGAGGAAGCUGAAAGCCUUCAAAUCUUGUCUGAAUUGUCUGGCCUCUUACUGUGAGAAACACCUCCAGCCUCACUAUGAUGUAGCUCCAUUGAAGACACACAAGCUGGUCGAACCCUCCAAAACACUCCAAGAGAACAUCUGCUCUCGUCAUGAUGAAGUGAUGAAGAUUUUCUGCCGUUCUGAUCAGCAGAGUAUCUGUUAUCUCUGCACUAUGGAUAAACAUAAAGGCCAUGACACAGUCCCAGCUGCAGCAGAAAGGACUGAGAGGCAGAGAGAGCUCGAGGCCAGUCGACAAACCAUCCAGCAGAGAAUCCAGGACAGAGAGAAAGAUGUGAAGCUGCUUCAACAGGAGGUGAGGGCCAUAAGUCGCUCUGCUGAUAAAGCAGUGGAGGACAGUGAGAAGAUCUUCACUGAGCUGAUCCAUCUCAUGCAGAAAAGAAGCUCUGAUGUGAAGCAGCAGAUCAGAUCCCAGCAGGAAACUGAAGUGAGUCGAGUCAAAGAGCUUCAGGAGAAGCUGCAGCAGGAGAUCACUGAGCUGAAGAGGAAAGACGCUGAACUGAAGCAACUCUCACACACAGAGGAUCACAACCAAUUUCUACACAACUACCCCUCACUGUCACAACUCAGUGAACCUACAGACUCAUCCAGCAUCAAUGUCCGUCCUCUGAGAUACUUUGAGGAUGUGACAGCAGCUGUGUCAGAGCUCAGAGAUAAACUACAGGACAUUCUGACAGAGAAAUGGACAGACAUCUUAGUAGCAGUCAUUGACGUGGACGUUUUACUGUCACAACCAGAGCCCAAGACCAGAGCUGGACUUUUAAAAUAUUCAUGUGAAAUCACACUGGAUCCAAACACAGCAAACACAUAUCUGUUAUUAUCUGAGGGGAACAGAAAAGUAACAUCCAUGUGGGAUGAUCAGUCUUACUCAAGUCACACAGACAGAUUCACUGAAUGUUGGCAGGUCCUGAGCAGAGAGAGUCUGACUGGACGUUGUUACUGGGAGGUGGAGUUGAGCGGGAAAAGAGUUUAUGUAGCAGUCACAUACAAGAAUAUCAGCAGAGGAGGGAACUCAAGUGAAUGUAGAUUUGGAUACAAUGACAAAUCUUGGGCUUUAGAUUGUGACAAAAACAGUUAUAAGUUUUGGUUCAACAACAUCUCAACUCCCGUCUCAGGUCCUCGUUCCUCCAGAGUCGGAGUGUACCUGGAUCACACAGCAGGUAUUCUGUCCUUCUACAGCGUCUCUGAAACCAUGACUCUCCUCCACAGAGUCCAGACCACAUUCACUCAGCCUCUCUAUGCUGGAGUUUUGCUUUAUUGGUUUAGAGACACAGCAGAGUUCUGUAAAGUCAAAUAG